CUUGCCAUCCAUACCACAAAGACUACCGCCGAGCCCAUAGUAGCCAAAGACGUGCGCAAACCUCCACCAUGGCCGACCCGUUCGAGGUUCGUCAACGCUUCACGACGCUGCUCUCCCACCUCAGCGCAUCCCACACGUCCCUUCAAAAGGCCGCUCUCUACGCGUUAAAGAAUCGUGAAAUGGACGAAGACCUCCACUCGUGCAUCCUCGAGCAACUCGAACGCACCAACAUGAACACCCGCGCGAACAUCAUGUUCUUCAUCGAAUGCCUCUGUGAAUACGCCGUCAGAGACAACAAUUCGGGCGAUGCUAGCGCAAUGGGCUACGUCCGCAUGUUACAAAGAGACAUAUUGGCUGUUGUAGAAUGCGUCGUAGGCGAAGAAGGCGCCAACAUCCGCGUCGUUCGCAAAGUCCUCAAAACGCUUGAGAACCUGUCCAUCCUCAUGAAGGAAACUGUCCAAGAACUCGAAGCCGUGCUGAAGUCGAGAGAAGUCGCGCAUCCCUUCAUGGCGACAGGUACCUCCGACCCUAAAGACAGCUUUGUGGUAUCUACAAGUCGGAAUGGAGGGCAAAGAAUGGACAAACGUCAGAUUGAACAGAGGAUUGAGGAGGACAGGGAGAGACACAAGAGGUUGCGGGAGAGUAUCUGGGCGGUGCCAGGAGACGGGUAUGAGGAGUUGGAGAAGCUAUGGGAUGAGGCCAGCGACGUCAACGAGGACGACUAUGUUACCGCGAGGGAAGAUGCCGAGGAGAGGAGGAAGGUUAUUGAGUUCGGAUAGAACCCUGACAAAGACCGAGAGAAGAUUGAGGCAUGGAAAGCGGCCAAAGCUGCUGCGGACGCUCGUGCGGCGUCUCCAGAUGCUGCGAAUGAGGAACAGUCAAGCGAAGAUGAGGGUAGCCAAAGUUCGAAGACCAGUCGGAAAUGGUUCCUGGCAUGGUGGGCAGGCGGUAGCUGAUCUGCAUUUACGGCGUUGAUUGGGAGCGACAGACAUUGCCACAGCAUGGCCUAGGCGUUGGGGCAGAGAUACCACGGGCUUGUCUUAUGA